AUGGGCCCGAAACGUGGUGGUUUUCGUAGGGGGACGAGACAGUCAUCCCGAGUGAGGGGACAGAAUUCCCCUCCCGAACCUGAGGACCUUCCCAUCCCUGAACCGGUGCAGGAACCGGUUGAGCAGUCAUUCGUUGGAGGCCCCUCAGGGCCCGCACCUCCCAUGCCCACGAUAAUGGGAGACCCUAACCUUCAGCAGACCCUGGAGUUACUGACACAGGCCUUAUCCCGGACUGGGCAGUCUAGAGACCCGUCCUUGGGAUAUGCCGACCAGGCAAAGAGGACUGGGCAGUCUAGUGAUCCAGCAGUGGCCGAAGAAUGGAUAGAGCGGAUGGAACGGAUCAUAGAGGUGAUGGCCGUUCCACAGGAUCGUAGAGUAACUUUGGCCACGUUCUUCUUGACUAGAAAUGCAAGAUACUGGUGGGAGUCAGUUAAAAGGAGGUAUCGGGAUCCAUCGGCCAUCACAUGGCCAGUUUUCCGAGCAGCAUUUGACAGUCAGUACUACCCCCAGGCGUAUCAGAAUUUGAAGAUGGAAGAGUUCUUGCAGUUGGAACAGGGAUCGAUGACAGUACUAGAAUAUGAGAAGAAGUUCAACGAGUUGUCAAAAUACUGCAUUCCACUGGUAGAGGAUGAAACCUCACUGAUAGAAAGCAGUCAGAUGAUGGUUAGAGCCCGAGGUGAACCUCGGAGAAGACAGUUUGAGAUGGGUGGUCCCAGUCAGGGGUCAUCCAAGAGAGGUAGCUACAGUUCUGGUUCAUCUAGUGGUCGUAGUUACGGAGGCUUUCGACCUGGAAUCAGCUCAAGUGGAGGCUCCAACCAUAGUGGUAGUUAUGGGAGCCGGCCUGCAGGCAGUUCAGUCAGAGGUUCUGGUAGACAGCCACCAUCAGCAGCUGGCAGGAUGAGGAGCCCACAGUGUACAGGUGGUGAAGCGACUGUUGUAUCACCUAGAGAGAUAGGCACCCAGGGCAGAACCCAGUCUAGAGGAGCCUCGUCCAGUGGUGGGACCCAGACCAGUGUUGCCAGUAGAGGUGGCAGUCAGCAGCAGGGACGAGGUGAACGUGCCAGAGCCACAGGCAGGGUGUAUCACAUCUCCCAGCAGCAGGCACAGGCAUCGCCAGACGUGGUUACAGGUACUCUAUUAGUCUUUGGGACUCCUGCUAGAGUUUUGAUUGACCCUAGGGCUACGCACUCAUUUGUUACGCCUAGUUUUGCCCACAAUGCUGUUGGCAGACUGUCAGCCUUAGGGGAUGAGUUAGCGAUCUCUGUACCUACAGGAGAGAUCUUUCAUGUAGGUACGGUGUAUCGCGAUAGUGCAGUGUUAGUAGGGGAUGUGUGUCUGGAAGCAGAUCUGAUUCCAUUGGAAAUGGUGGGCUUGGAUGUUAUAUUGGGCAUGGAUUGGCUAGCCAAGCAUCAUGCCUCAGUGGAUUGCUUCAGGAAAGAAGUCGUACUCCGUAGCCCUGGACGCCCUGAAGUAACAUUUCAUGGUGAGCGUAGUGUUGAAGGAAAAUGGUGA